AAGCAUCUAUAGGUGGAUAUUACCUGUGCAUGGGAAAGAAACAACAUAAAAAGAUUAAGUGGGUGUUGGUUUGAUUGUUUAUGGCAUGCUUAAACAUGUUGAACAAUGAGCAACAAAGCCUUUACACUUCCUCUAUGGACCCAAGAAUCUCCUUCUCCAGUGAUUUUGUAGAUACACAAGAAGCCAUCAAAUUUGAAACAAACUAUAGAGAAGCACCAGUUUCUUCAGAUUUUGAAUUCUCAGUUAGAAACUACAGUAUGAUCCCUGCAGAUGAGAUCUUCUGCAAAGGCAUGAUUCUACCUUCGAAGGAUAACUGCACCAACCAGCUCAGAAAAAUGACUUUAAGAGAUAAAUUACUGGAUGAUGAUGAUGAUUUUGAUUCAUUUCCAAGGGUGCAAAAGAGUACAGGUUGGUGGAAAGAGAGGCUGGGCUUGAAAAGGGGUCACAUUGUAACCAAGAAAGGAGAUAGAAAUCAUGGAGUUUUGGAAAGAAUAGUUGAAGAAAAGAGGCAUGUUUUUCUACAUGAAGAGGGACUUGCUGGAAAAAAUACAGGAAGUGUUGACUGAAGGAGGAGAGGAUCUAACAUUAUCUGAAACAAAAAUGGAAGAUAGCAGAGGCAUAGACAUGCUAAAUUUUGAAGGUUAAUUUACAGAUUGCAAGUACAAGAAAGUUGAGAUUCGUUUUUCUUUUUUUUGUUAAUUGUUAGAAUGCUUCACCUCUUAAUUAGGCCUUGUAACUUCCUCUUCACUGUCAUGAUAUCUUCCCUGCCCCAUCCUUUCCCUGGAGGAAGUGACAAUCCGCUGCUAUGUACAAAUGUUUGCAGAUGAAGAACUUCCUUUCAUCAAGCAGUUCUUUUGAUUAAUGUAAUCUAUGGCACUCUCAAAUUUAUCAUUUAAUUUCUCUCAUAGGCAUUGAAUUUC